AUGGCGAUUGUAUCCAGAGUAGCCAUCGUUACAGGCGCAGCACAGGGUAUCGGCCUCAGCAUCGCUCUCCGCUUGGCCGACGAUGGCCUCGAUGUUGCCGUGAAUGACACAGCGUCUAAGAGCGAACAACUAGAGGAUGCCGUAUCUCGGAUCCGAGCCAAGGGUCGACGAGCGAUCGCCGUUUUGGCGGAUGUAACGCAAGAAACGCAGGUCGAAGACAUGGUUUCUCAGGUUGUCGAGCAACUGGGCAGUCUCGAUGUGGCGAGUCUACUUUUGCGUGAUACGUUGCUUGGGAUGGUCGUACUGAAUCUUGUUGGGCAGGAUUAUCUGCGUAUUGUUCAUCUAAAUUUGCCAUACGAGGUCUUACUCAAAGCGCAGGAGGUUUCAGCUGAAGAACUGGCGAAGUACAAGAUCACAGUGAACACGUAUGCGCCCGGAAUCAUCAGGUCUUCGAUGGCAAAAACCUUGGCUCUUGGACUGGAGGUGCGUCCUUAUCGAUUUUUACUGCGAUGUUUUGUCCUGAGGUCGCAUCAGGAAUGCUGUAUGCCGGCGGAUCUGCCGUUGGCUGAGCCCGAGGUGGUUGCUGCUGUGGUCUCCUUCCUCAUCAAACCCGAGUCAUAUUUCAUUACCGACGGCUUCAUCGUAUCUCCUGCUAAGGAGACCUCCUCGCUUGUACCGCAACAGUCAUGGCUUGAGACGGAGCGCGGACACAUCAGAUACUGCGAAUAUCAAAGCGUUCGUUCCGAGAUGCUGCGGGCGCAUGCAUCGCACCCUCGGCGAUCAAUCAAUCUCAUCCGGCGAGGGCGACAUUGUUCAAGCUAUACUCCGUGUGUCGCGCUGGUCACUGGCGCAGCGCAAGGCUUGGGACUCAGCAUCGCGCUACGGCUUGCGGACGAUGGCUUCGACGUUGCGGUCAAUGAUCUUCCUCCAAACGAAGAAGCGCUCGCGAGUGUAGUCGCGCAGAUCAAGGCCAAGGGCCGGCGAGCUGUGCCAUUGCUUGCAGAUGUCACCAAGGAAGAAGAAGUGAGGGACAUGGUGUCGGGUGCAGUGGACCUGCUCGGCGGUUUAGACGUGGUGAGCACGGAAAUUGGCUCAGCGAGUACCGCGCGCCACCCUCAUCUCAUGCGGCGUGCUCAGAUGGUCGCCAACGCGGGGAUUGUCUUUGUCCGUCCGCUCACGGAGAACUCUGUCGAGGAGUGGGAUCGAAUCAUGUCCGUGAACGUGCGCGGCGUAAUGCUGUCGUAUAAAUACGCAGCCUUACAAAUGAUCAUGCAAGGCCGGGGUGGACGGAUCAUAGGUGCGGCGUCCACUGCUGGCAAAGCAGGUUUUCAUGGUCUCUCGGCGUACUCCUCCUCGAAGUUUGCUGUGCGGGGUUUGACUCAGACUUUGGAGUUAUUGCCGCACAAGAUCACCGUAAACGCAUAUGCGCCGACUAUUCUGAGGACUCCCAUGGCCUCCACGUUGGUAGCCGGCUGGGAGGCAUAUAAUAUCAAGGGCGGAGCUCCAGCCGCUGAGCCAAAUGUUGUCUCCAGCCUGGUGUCCUACCUAGCGAAACCAGAGGCCUAUUUCAUCACUGGUCACACAAUAUCGCCUAACGCAGGCGCACUCGUGGACUGA